AUGCAUAUGACGAAAAAUCUGAAAAAGCACUCCAGGUCAGACGACGACGAAGACGAUAAUCUACGUGAUCAUUCUGGAAAACGGGUGAAAUUAGAUUCACUUUUGAAGAAUUUGUCUCUCGAAGACCAAGAAAAUGAAAAUAGAUAUAUCAUUAAUCCCAAAAUCACGUAUGAAAAUAUUUUCAGUAAAUCGGGCUCACGUUAUUCCACGUUGACCGAAUCACAAUUGGCAUCCAAUCUAAAUGAAAAAUUAACGAGGAGUUUUAAAAAUUCCCUAGAGUCAGGAUUACGAUUGAUAUUAUGGUACAAUGCCAAGUUCCUUAUAAUGUAUCGAUAUCAAAAAUGGUUUGUUAAAUUGUUCAACCGGUUUAUCAAGAAAUAUAAUGAAAAAAACAGAGUAUCAAUCAGUACGUUUCACUCCUUCACAGAAAUAAUGAAGCUAGUUAGGGAUAGGUUGAUCACAUUAAAAGAUCUAGCGAAUAUAAUAGACCAAGAAAAUCAACUCGAAAUAAAAAGACUAGAACUCAAACAAGAGAUGAGACGACUGGAAAAACGGUUUGAAGAGGUCACAGCGGAACAGGAUGCCUAUCAAGAUCUCAAAUACAACUACUGGGACAACUUGAAGUUUGACAAGGAUCUUGAUAUGUUGGAUGUAUCUGAUUGCGAGCCAGAUAACCUGAAAUUUGAAGAGUUAGAUAAUGAUGACACAGUAAUGGAACAGGAUUUGUAA